UGGGCGCCUCGCCACCGCCAGCCGGGCUGCCACAGCGAUCCGGGGCUGGGCGGGAGCCGGGGAGAGAGCCGGGCCGCGGCGGCUACCUCUGCCCGCCGAGACCGGGCGGGCGGGGCCCGGGACGCGCGCCGCCGCCGCCGCCCCUCCCUCCCCGCCGCCUUGAACGCUGGAGGUGUGCGUGGCUGCGGCGGCGGCGGCGGGAGGCGCGACUCGGGGCCGCACGGGCUGCGCUUCGCCGGGGCAGCGGCGGCGGCGGCGGCUGCGCCUGUGGCUCAGGAUGCGGCCGGGAGGCGCGCUGCUCGCCCUGCUCGCCAGCCUCCUGCUGCUGCUGCUGCUGCGCCUGCUCUGGUGCUCGACCGACGCGGCCCCCCGCCCCAGGUUCUUGGUGGAGGAAAGCAGGGCGGCCAUCCACGGCACCCGCGCCGCGCCGAGGACGCCCGGGAGCCCGCCGACCCGGCCCCCGCGCACCACGAACAGCACAUAUCUGAACGAGAAGUUCCUCCCGCCGACAGAGAGAUGCCAAAAUCUGCAAGCCGGCUUGGAGACUUUAUCUAACAAAACGAGAAAGUAUUCAGAGGAUGACUAUCUUCAGAUUAUCACAAAUAUCCAGAGCUGUCCAUGGAAGCGACAAGCAGAAGAACAUGAGAAGUUUAGAGUGAAACUUGCUUCGUGUUGUGAUGCCGUUCAAAACUUCAUUGUUUCUCAAAAUAACACUCCCGUCGGGACUAACAUGAGUUACGAGGUGGAAAGUAAAAGUGAAAUCCAAAUCAGAGAGAACAUUUUUGAUAUGUUGCCAGUGUCUCAGCCUUUUGUGGGGUACCCCUACAAUCAGUGUGCGGUGGUUGGAAAUGGGGGGAUUCUGCAUCAGUCUCUCUGCGGAGCCGAAAUCGAUAAAUCCGACUUUGUUUUUAGGUGUAACCUCCCCCCAACCACAGGAAAUGUUACCAGUGAUGUUGGCACUAAAACCAACCUGGUGACGCUAAAUCCCAGUAUCAUAAGACUAAGAUAUGGGAACUUAAAGGAAAAGAAAGCAAUAUUUCUGGAGGACGUUGCAACCUAUGGAGAUGCAUUCGUCCUUCUGCCAGCAUUUUCCUUCAGGGCCAACACUGCGGCCUCUUUUAAGGUAUACUACACACUGAAGGAGUCUAAAGCAAGACAAAGAGUUUUAUUUUUCCAUCCCAAGUACCUGAAAAACCUUGCCCUCUUCUGGAGGACUAAAGGUGUGACCGAGUAUCGUCUGUCCUCCGGCUUGAUGAUCACAAGUGUGGCAGUUGAACUGUGCGAGAACGUGAAACUCUAUGGAUUCUGGCCCUUCUCUAAAACUGGAGAGAACACACCUGUCAGCCAUCACUACUACGAUAACAAGUUACCUAAGCGCGGUUUCCAUGAGAUGCCCAAGGAGUACAGACAAAUUCUCCAGCUUCACGUGAAAGGAAUCCUCAGAUUACAAUUUAGCAAAUGUGAAAUAGCCUAAACCAGAUGUCUUUAAACGGGAAUCAUGUUCACACAAUGCAGUAGGUGAGUGUCAAUGUUCCAAACACCGAAAGAGGGGGUUGUAGGGUGUCGUAGGAAGAGUCCCGAAAUUUGGUUGGAUCAAAGCUCUGGCACUAGGUUUGCAGUCUCAGCAACUCAUUUCAUUGUUCUGAUCUUCAGUUCCCUUCCUGUAAAAUGGGGACCAUGAUCUCUAACUCAUAUUAGGAGAAUCUGAUAAUCUGUGAAAACUUUCCGCAAGUAUUUAGCAUGAGGUAGGGACUCCAUGAAUAUCUCCUCGUUGAUAUUUUUAACAGCCAUUUUCACCUUCACCAGACAUAAUAAAAAGGCAGGCUGUCUUGAAGACUCUUUCUGAAGAGAACAGCUGAACUGCCAGUGUCCACUGGAAUUCUUUCUCUGGCAGGAGCCUCUAUUAUCCGUAAUAUCGUUCCCACCUUUCUUUCUGUCUUAAAGAGGGCAUAUAAGAAAACUGUGUAAUUAAACAAGAAACCCGUGGUUAUGCAGGAAUGAACACCUUACGCCUCUAAUUACAUUCACUUGUGUCUUGAGCUGUGCUGAUGUCGUGGUUGGAUUUAGGCCAAUCCUUUUCCUCCUUUAUCUACAUUUAAAAAUCACUCUUUAAUAUAUAUAUUAACUUCCUAUCUCACUCUUAAGCCUUUUCCUCUCCCACUGACAGGAUUUACUUCAAGGGCAAGAAUAGUUACAAUUCUACUUACCUUUUGUCUGUGGCGGUCACUCAUACAAUUUACUUUGCUAAGGUUGUUGAACAGCUGCUUCACGCUAGACCCUUUCCUAGGCUCCGCGAGAGGGGUAUAAAAAUGACUAAGUCCUGGGGACUUCCCUGGCAGUCCAGUGGUUAAGACUCCAUGCUGCCACUGCAGUGGGCACGGGUUCGAUCCCUGCUCGGGGACCUAAGAUCCCACAAGCCGUGCGGUGCGGCCAAAAAUUAAAAAAUUAAAAAAAGACUAACUCACGCAGGAAGAAACAGAUGUGGUGUUGUGAACAACGAAAGGGUGUGCUCAGUGUUCUCACAAAAGCUAUGGGGAACAGAGGCAGGAAUCAUUCGGUCGAUUUCAGUGGAGUCUAUUUCAGAGAAGAGCUGGUUUCUGAAUUAAGCCUAGAAAGGGAGUAAGGCUUUACCAAAUGAAGAAGAUUCUAGGUAGAGGGAAUAUGAUGGGGAGAAGGCUGUCCCCUUGAUUCUUUUUUUUUGGCUGAGUUGGG